AAAAAGGUUGUUUGUUCUCAACCUUGAAGGUGAACUUGGGACGCACCGCAGUUCUCGCCAGAGGCAGUCGUCACAAGUCGAUACUACAGCAUCUUCACGGAUGAAUCAUGAGCGACUGAGAGGUCGGGCCUUGGGCGCACUGACCCUACUUCAAACUGUGGCGGUAGCACUUGACUACGACUACGAAGGGUAUCGUUCCAGGAGUGGCGUUACUGCCUGGGUCGACGUGGACACGCCAUUGGAUGCUCGCUCCAAGAAGUCGUCCCGCGGAGAGACGUGGGAUCUCGUGAUGAGCGACGAGUUUGAGAUCGAUGGUCGAUCGUUUGUAGCCGGGAAGGAUCAUAUGUGGACCGCCUUGGACAUCCCCGAUGGAGUGAACGCCGCCAUUGGCCUGUACAACUCGUCCAACGUGUACACUUUGAACGGCAAACUGAUCAACCGCGUGGAUGAAAUGCAAACCAACGUCACGUACUUUAAUCAGUGGCUUGAAGUGCCAGCCAUCGAGUCAAACAUAUUGCACUACUCCGCUGGCAUGAUGCAGUCAUGGAACAAAUUUUGCAUGCAGGGCGGGCUCAUCGAAGUGGCGGCCAAGCUACCCGGAGCUAUCUGGAAGGAUGGCGUCAAGACCAAACUCUCCCCUCGCGAUCGCGUCCAAGACGGAGCUUACUAUCCCACAUGGCCUGGCAUCUGGCUGCUCGGGAACCUCGGCCGUGCGCUCUUCUCGGCGUCCACGUCUCGUAUGUGGCCGUGGACGUACAACGAGUGCGACGCCGACUUGUCCCCCCAUCAAGCCAUCUCCGCGUGCGACCCCAAUCCUGGCUACGGCUUGCACCCAAAUCAAGGCCGAGGCGCCCCUGAGAUCGACAUCCUCGAAGGCGGCGGAGCUGCCAUCUCGUCGUCUAUUCAGAUUGCCCCAGGAAUGCCAGAUAACUACCGCCGCAUACCACUUAAAAAGCCGGACAGCAAGUACUGUGUGUACGGCAAGGCGUGUGCCACCCCUGGCGCCAACUUUCCAGAUGUCCCCACGAGCGCGUACGCCUACCGUGGUCAUCGAAGCUGGUACCAAGGACUCAAGUACGCCGCCAACAACCGGUGCCCCACGGAUCCUUUGGAAGUGCAGCAAUACGAACCGGUAAGCUCGUCUAACUAUAUCCAAAGUUGGUGGAAACGUGGUGUACUCAUCGAUACUUGUAGCGCCGGACGGGACGCCAACGCCGAUUUGGGGCUGAUAGACGGCAAAGGGCCGGCCCACUGGGGCAUCAACUACAACGGCACGUGCUUUCCCAUUGCGAAUGGGUACAUUGGCGCGUUUUUAUGCGACCCCGACUCGAAGAACACCAAGUGCGAAGCGCCUCGCAGAGAGGGCGUGGCCAACACCAACCAGAUGCAUCCGUUCGAGUACCAGAUGGACGCGAUUUCAGCCAACUGGGACAUUGGCCACGACGCCUACACCGAGUUUUACGUGUACCAAAUCGAGUGGGUGCUGGGCGAGUCAGGGUAUGUGCGUUGGAUGCUUGAAGACGCGCCUUUGUUUGAAAUUCCGUCGGUGACGUUGACCAAGCCCCCCCAAGCCGGGCCUGGCAAACCCCUCAACCCCAUAAAGUUGCCCAUCGAAGAGCCCCUUUACAUCAUCUUCAAUAUUGCCGUGGCUAGGGCUUGGGGUGCUACCCCGCCCAACGCCGACAUUGGGCCCUGUCGUGGCAACGCCUCCAAGCCCGUUCCAGGCACUCCUGAGUUCAAUAAGACAAAGAACAUUUGCGACUCGUUCCCCAUGUACAUGGAGAUUGAGUAUAUUAGAGUGUACCAAGAGAAGAGCUCCAUGUUCCUUGGAUGCGAUCCCCCCACUCAUCCCACCAAGAAAUGGAUCGAUGGCCACAUCAAAUGGUUCACAGAUGCCAAGAACCCCAUGAUCCGAGUGGACGGCGGCGCGACAUGCAACAAGGGCGACGACUGCCAGUCCAUGUCGUCGUCCAUGCCUAGUGGUCGUUGCGUGAAACGUCGCUGUAGCUGCGUCACGGGCUAUGGUGGCCCUCGAUGCACCAAGUUUCUCGGGAGCAAGUCACUUGACAUGUCCGACGGCACGUACUUUGGUCCUACGAUCCUGUAUCCCGCCAUCGUGGCAAGCGCAACGGUGGCGUUGAUUGUGUUGACGUGUGUCUGGCGAAUGCGCCAGCGCGGUUCCGCCGCCGCCAUUGCAUCCUCUAUUCCCAAAUCAAGGGUCGAAGGCGAGGUGGAGGCUGUUGCCGAAAUCGCAGACGACGCAGCCACCGGGCAAUCGAGGCGAUACUACGCUCCUGCCAACACUGGUUAA